AUGGCGCCUGAACAUUUUGACGACGCUAUCGAGAGCGCUCCUCCACUGGACGCCGCUCAUCUCAGCGACGAUGAAAAGCCCGUGCUGAGCAACGGCGGCGAAGGACCUACGCAACGACGCUUGAAGGGGUACCACAUCACCUGGAUCGGUCUUUGCAGUGGUAUCGGAACGGGAUUGUUUAUUGGUGCUGGUUCGGCGUAUGCUACUUCUGGACCUGCGGGUUUGUUGCUGGCGUACUUCGUUGUUGGUGCUGUCCUUUGGAGUGUUAUGCAGAGUAUUUCUGAGCUUGCAACGCUGCUUCCUACUGCUGGUACUUUUCCUCACUGGGCGAGUCGCUUCAUUGACCCUUCUGUCGGAUUCUCUCUUGCUAUUUCAUACGGAUAUUGUUAUACCAUCUCCAUCGCAGCAGAAUGUUCAGCAUCCGCUGUUUUGGUCAGCUAUUGGACCGACAUCACUCCCGCCGUCGUCAUCACCGUCAGUCUUGUUCUCAUCCUCUGGAUCAACUUGAUGGAUGUUCGCUUCUUCGGUGAAGCUGAAGUCGCAACUGGUGCGAUCAAAGUUCUCUGUUUCGUCGGACUCGUCAUUGUCGCCAUUGUCAUCACCGCUGGUGGAGGUCCCAAGGGCGACGCUAUUGGCUUCAAAUACUGGAACGACCCCGGUGCUUGGGUUGACUAUAACGGCAUUACUGGUUCAUCUGGCCAUUUCCUCGGUUUCCUCUCAGCUUUCGUCAACGCUUCGUUCUCUUUCAUCGGUGUUGAGACUGUUGUCAUCACCGCUGCCGAAGCCAUCAACCCCCACAAGGAAAUCCCCAAGGCUGCGAACCGCGUCACCUACCGUAUCGGAUUCUUCUACAUCCUCGGUGCUUUCCUGAUUGGCAUGAUCGUCGACCCCCGAAACGAAGGCCUUGUGUCUGGCUCUGGAAACGCUAAGAGCUCUCCUUGGGUCAUCGCCAUCCAGGCCGCCGGUAUUAAGGUUCUCCCCUCUAUCGUCAACGCUUGUAUUCUGGUAUCUGCUUGGUCCGCCGGUAACUCUUACUGCUGGGUUGGAUCGCGUAUCAUUCUCGCCAUGACCACAGACAAACAGCUUCCCCAGUUCUUCGCCCGUACAACCAAGAAGGGCGUUCCCUACGUCGCCGUCAUCACUGCUUGGCUUUUCGGACCCUUGGCCUAUCUCAGUCUCGGCUCUGGUGGCGCCUCUCAGGCAUUCGACUGGCUUCUCAACCUUAGCACCGUAGCAGGUCUCAUCGCAUGGGCAACCCUCUGCUUCUGCUACAUCCGUUUCCAUCGUGCCCUCAAGGUCCAAGGCAUCAGCCGCGACACCCUUCCCUGGAAGGCACCAUGGCAGCCAUACACCGCCUGGUUCGGUGGCAUCGGCUCAGUCAUCAUCACGCUCGUCUGUGGUUUCCCCGUCUUCCUCAAGGGGAACUGGAACACCGCCGACUUCAUCGCCUCUUACAUCGGCAUUCCUAUCUUCAUUAUUCCCAUCAUUGGUUGGAAAAUCGCGUACGGCACCAAGCUCCAUCGAGCUAAGGACAUCGAUGUGUGGUCUGGCCGUUUGUCUGCGGAAGAGCCUACUGGACAACUGUCUGAGAAGGACGCCGCUUAA